CAGACAUCAACAUAUCCAUUUCCUUCUUUCAAAAAUAUUAGCUGUAAAAGAAUCAUCCAGGUCUAACAAACUAAGAAAUGGCGGAUAUUGAAGGGUCUCCAGGCUCAUCUAUGCAUGGAGUGACAGGCAGGGAGCCUGUCCUUGCAUUUUCUGUGGCUUCCCCGAUGGUUCCCAGUGAUCCAACGGCGAAGUUUGAUUUGCCGGUGGAUUCAGAGCACAAGGCCAAGAAAUUCAAGCUCUUUUCCUUUGCCAAUCCUCAUAUGAGGACAUUCCAUCUCUCCUGGAUUUCGUUUUUCACCUGUUUCGUCUCAACUUUCGCUGCUGCACCCCUCGUGCCUAUUAUUCGUGACAACCUCAACCUCAAGAAAAUCGACAUUGGCAACGCUGGGGUUGCCUCCGUCUCCGGCAGCAUAUUCUCCAGGCUGGUGAUGGGGGCCGUGUGCGAUCUCUUGGGGCCGCGUUAUGGAUGUGCGUUUCUCAUCAUGCUGUCUGCCCCCACAGUCUUUUGCAUGUCGUUUGUGUCGUCGGCUGGUGGAUACGUGGCUGUGCGUUUCAUGAUCGGGUUUUCCCUGGCAACCUUCGUGUCCUGCCAGUACUGGAUGAGCACAAUGUUUAACAGUAAGAUUAUUGGACUUGUGAACGGGACGGCUGCGGGAUGGGGGAACAUGGGAGGCGGCGCAACUCAGCUGAUUAUGCCGGUGCUUUAUGAAAUAAUCAAGAAAACUGGAUCAACCCCCUUCACCGCCUGGAGGAUUGCCUUCUUCAUUCCGGGAUGGCUUCAUGUGAUCAUGGGUAUUUUGGUGCUAACACUUGGCCAGGACUUGCCUGAUGGAAACCUUAGUGCCCUCCAGAAGAAGGGAGAUGUUGCAAAGGAUAAAUUCAGCAAGGUGUUAUGGUACGCUGUCACAAACUACAGGACAUGGAUUUUUGUCCUCCUCUACGGCUACUCCAUGGGAGUCGAAUUGUCAACUGACAACGUCAUUGCUGAGUACUUCUACGACAGAUUUGAUCUAAAGCUACACACAGCUGGAAUCAUAGCAGCCACCUUCGGUAUGGCUAAUAUCGUAGCUCGGCCAUUCGGUGGAUUCGCUUCCGAUUAUGCAGCUCGACUAUUCGGAAUGAGGGGUAGGCUGUGGACACUAUGGAUCCUGCAAACAAUGGGAGGAAUCUUCUGUGUCCUUCUGGGCAGAGCCGACACCCGUUGCCGUGCCGUCACCCACAUGAUCAUCUUUUCUGUAGGAGCACAAGCUGCCUGUGGAGCAACUUUCGGCGUCAUCCCAUUCAUUUCCAGACGAUCGUUGGGCAUAAUAUCAGGCAUGACGGGUGCGGGAGGGAACUUCGGCUCCGGUCUAACACAACUGCUAUUCUUCACAAGCUCCAAAUACUCCACCGACCAAGGCCUAACUUACAUGGGGAUAAUGAUAGUGGGAUGCACUCUCCCUGUGGCGUUGGUUCACUUCCCACAGUGGGGCAGCAUGUUCCUCCCCCCCUCCAAGAGCGUAGUCGAAGAACAUUACUACGGUUCUGAGUACACUGAGGAGGAGAAGCAGAAGGGUAUGCACCAAAACAGCCUCAAGUUUGCUGAAAACAGCCGCUCUGAACGCGGCAAACGCGUGGCUUCCGCACCAACCCCGCCUAAUACAACACCAACCCAUGUUUGAUUUUGUUAUGGAGUAUGAAGCUUUGAUUAUUUUCCAUUAGUUCUUGGUUGUCUUUUAUAUUCGGCAAAGUUUGAUGGAUGGGCUUGACGCUCCCAAUUCACCUGAAGCAAAGGUUACAAAAAUCCCUAAUGGAUUGGAUCAGUACUAGAAUUAGCAGAAAAGCUGGUAUACUAGUAAACUGUUUGUUUACUACAGGUUGAUCUCUUUUGUAUAAGCUUCAACAAUCAAGAAUAGAUAUAUCUGUCUACGAAUUA